AUGAUGAACCGGCCGAGUUUUCAGCCGAUUGACUACGAGGAGGCCGUCAUGGACGAUGCAGAAAUACUGGGCCUCGACACCCGUGGAGACAUGGCCCAGGCUGCAGCACCAGCGGCAGCAGCAGGUACCACCACCGUGACCAGGUCGCCCUUGUCCAAACUGCGAUCUCUCUCCGACGGCGGCGGCACGCCUGCGAGGCUGUCACCAUCUCCGCUCAUCCUCGAGACGACGGGCAAGGCGACGUCAAAGGACGACAACCACAUCAGAGACACCGCAAUCGCCCCGAGCACGCCCCGUCGCGUUGAUUUUACUCCCAAGGGCCUAUCACUACACAUGCCGCCGCACCAGCGAGACUUUGCCUCUCCGCCACCGCCUUCUGCCGCCGCCUCUGCCGUAUUCACCAAGCCAGCACCUUUAUCCCCCAAGCUCGACCAUUCGUACGCCAGUCCGACAAACAUCCUGCCCCGUCGCUCCCGCGGCCUCGACUUCUCCCGCGCAGCCACCAGCCUGCACCACUCGACCCUCGCCGAGCAGUCCUCCCCCGACUCCUCCCCGACCAUCGGCGGCGGCCGCGCCAUGAACAUACCCCAGCGACGGAGCAACGACUACAACAACGCCGAGCAAUUGUCCAACUCGCUCUGGUCCAUGAUGGGCAACCAGGAGCGCAUGAACAUAUCGAGCUCCUUGGGCAGCGCCCACCCGUUCGCCUCGGAUUCCUCAUCCGAUGACGACAUGGACGAGGACAUGGACGACGCAAUCGUCACGACACCGCAGGUCAACCGAACCGGCGGACCGCUCGGCUCACCAGCGGUCAACAGCCUUCUGAGCUUCCAGCAACGCCAGCGCCCACGGAAGCAGCCGAGAAAGAAGAGUCGGGGGCCCUUGGGACUCGGCUUCGGCUCAGCCUCAGCUGGCGCGCUCUCCAAGUCACCGCCCAUUGCCAAGGAUAUCCCCAUGUCCCAUUCACGACGCGAGAGCAUCAGCUGGCAGGCGAACCAGCUGCACAUUUCGAGCGCCGACGAGGACAGGAUGGGCGGCGACAGCAUCAAUGGGGUCAUGGGCAUCUCUGGCCAGAAGCCGCGGCACACCAUCAUGCGGCAGGUCGCCGCGCGGCGAGGAAAUCUCAUGCCCAAGACGAAAAACUUUGCCCGCAUCAAGCACGCACUCCUCGAAGAAGGUGCGCCUGUGGAGACCGAGGUGCUCCGCGAACGUGAGGUCAUACGACAGGUCCGCGAGAGCGACGUCGACCUCGAACCUAGAACUACCACCGCCCAGUCUUCGCCCAACCUGGUGAACCAGGACAUCGACGAAAUGCCUGGCGAAGACAUGAACAUGAACCCCGACCAGGCAGGCCUUUCCAGUAGUUUCAAGCAGCAAGCUAUCAAGAAUUCAAAGGGCGCCAAGUUCUGGGACACGUUCUCCGAGUCGAGCAGCAUCGGCAACCGGACGACGCCGCCGCCGCCGUCCUUCAACCCCCGUGGCUCGUCCUCCGGCGUCAGCGAAGACAUCAACAUGGACUCGCCUUCUCUCGGUGCCACCGCCAGCUUCGCCAUGGCCGCAAGCAGCGGCGAGUCGACCAAGGGCGACACGCCCAACGUCUCGCAGCCCGCCUUCCCACAGCAGUCGCAGCAGGGCCCCAGUGCCGCUGAGAUCACCCGCCGCAUCAACAGCAAGCGGCGCCGCGAGGACGACUUUGACCCUGUCAGCUUCAAGCGCCGUGCUGUGAGCCCUGGCAUGAGCGUCCACAACUCGCCCAUCAUGCAGAGCCCGCGGCAGCGAGAGAGCGCGCCGUGGGGCUCUCGACCGGGCAGCAACGGCGGCGAGAGGGCUGACCGGGGCGGCAGCGGGGCAGCGAGCGACACGGGGAGCGGGAGUCUCGGCGGCACGCCCGGGAACGGGGGCCGUCUGAAUGGAGGCAAGGGACGAGUAGGGUUCCAGGGCAUGGUAGAUACGAACGACCACCUGAUGCGUAUGAGCAUCGAGUGA